GCGCCGUUACCGGGACGACCGGAGAGGGCUGGACCAGCACUAGCGCGUUUCCAUAGGGAGAGAAGACGAGGGUUGCGAAGAGGAGGAGUGGGUGAGCGCAGUGGUGUGCAUCCGGGGGAUAGGCCACUGUUGAGAAUUUCGCAGAGAUGGAGUUUCUGCAGAAUCAUCACGCAGUUAACACCUCCGAGCCGCCAUAUACUCUUGGUGCAGGUUCUGUGGAGAGCAUCGAGGCAACUAUUUCAUCUAGCCUCUGUUCUGGAUCAUUAGGGGUGCUUUCGGGUGACGACACUCUAUCAACCGACAAUCAGAACGAAGAGGCAGCCGUCCUCGGUGCUGCUCUGCAGGGCACACUACGCUUACAGGAUCUGCAGAAUUCACCGUCUGAUAUCGGUACUGACCAGAAUCAGCAACUUCCAACUUCUGGUCAGGCCGUAAGUGAAUUUGGCGGUAACUUUUGGAUCGACGAUAUGGCAGGUUUUCCUCUACCUCCGUUGGACCUAGAUCCUUUGCCACCAGGAUUGUUCAGUCCAUGCUCAGGAACGUACAAUUGGGGUUGUUCACGCAGCGAAUGCAUGCCAAGGUCGAACAAUGGUGCAAACGGCGAGGGCGUUGCCGAUGUUCUUUUAUCCCUGAAACAUGCGGUGGUGCAUCCUGGAAGUCCGACAACUGGCUAUUAUACCACUGGCGCCGGCUCCACUGCGGCUCAUCAUUAUUCGCAGGACUAUAUGCAAAAUCUGGGCCCGUCGGUCCCAGGUCCGGGUCACUACGGUUCUGCAUCCGCCGCUAUGUCCGUCAAUGUGUCGAUGAACAUGACCAUGAACAUGAAUAUGCAUUCUGGAUACGAACAAAGUUAUUCGUCAGCUUGGGGCGUGGAACCUCUCCUAAGUCCCGCCCCUCAGUAUGGCAAUCCGGUGGAGGUGGCAGCGCAAACGACCGCGAGGGUGAAUCAAGGCACGCCAUCCAAUAGCGGUCUGAUCGGUCAUCCCCAUUCCCACCCCCAAUCACAUCACAGUGGUGGCCGACUGCAGCUCGGGGAUGAACACUCAAUCUGUGUAAAUACCACGAGUCCAGCCGUGGGUGGCAUCACCCUCGAAGAUAAUGGCAGACCCAACUUGUGCAGAAUAUGUGGCAAAUCAUAUGCUAGACCUAGUACUCUCAAAACUCACUUACGCACUCAUUCCGGAGAGAAGCCGUUCAGGUGUCACGCGUGCUCUAAAGCAUUUAGCCAAGCAGCAAAUCUAACCGCUCAUGCGAGGACGCACUCCGGAGAAAAACCUUUUCGAUGUCCAGUGUGUGAUAGGAGGUUUUCGCAAAGCAGUUCAGUAACUACGCAUAUGAGGACGCACUCAGGUGAACGACCCUACAG